UAAAUUUCCAAACUUCACGCUCCCCUCUCUGUCUCUCUGCCAUCGCCGAUCGCCGCCCGGUCGCCCACCAGUCGCCAGCUCGCCACAGCCUUACGCGGUCACGGCUUCACGCCUUCAUCACUUCGGUCAGUUGACAGGUUUAGAACUUGUCAACUCGCCUGAGUGCUCGCACACCACACACGUCAGUCACCACUGCUCGCAUUCCGCCAUUCCUUAGGUAAGAAUUGUGGACUAGCACGUGAAGUAACUAUGGCAAGAGGGAAGCCGAACAUUUUGAUAACUGGAACUCCUGGGACAGGGAAAACAACUAUGUCAUCUGCUCUUGCAGAGGCAACCCAGCUUCGCCAUGUGAAUAUUGGUGAAUUGGUUAAGGAGAAGAACUUGCACGAUGGUUGGGACGAGGAAUUCGAGUGUCCUAUCAUUAAUGAGGAUCUGGUAUGUGAUGAGCUUGAAGAUACGAUGGAAGAGGGUGGUAUAAUAGUGGAUUACCAUGGUUGUGACUUUUUCCCUGAGCGGUGGUUUGAUCGUGUUGUGGUGCUUCAAACAGACAAUUCUAUAUUGUAUGACCGCCUAAGUAAAAGAGGCUAUACUGGCUCAAAGCUUUCGAACAAUAUUGAAUGUGAAAUAUUUCAAAUAUUACUUGAUGAGGCUAACGAUAGUUAUGAGGAAGACAUAGUCGUGGCAUUGAGGAGUGACUCCAUAGAUGACAUCGACAAAAAUGUGGCAGAUUUGACAGGCUGGGUCACAAGUUGGUGCAAUCAGUCAGUUCAGAGUGAUAGCAAUAGCAUGCGUGAUUAAGACACGAAAAGAGAUUAUUCCUGUAUUCUGCUUUAGAUUGUGAUAUAUUGAUAUGUAGGAUACUAGCCAGCCUUCCUUCUCAAUGUCUAUUUCUCUUUUUUGGCUUGUUCCCUAGAAUUCUGCUAUCGGUUGUGCUAUGUCAGGAAUUUCAACAAUUUUGGUUGAGCAGGAUGUGAAAUACAUGAGCUGGAACUAUUUAUUUUGGAUA